AUGGCUACUCUUCACUACCUCCCCCCCGUGAAGCCCUCGGCUAUCGCCCUGGGAACAGUUUUCAACCACACUGCUUCUCUCGGCAUUCUCGCUCCCGUCUUUGGUGAUGCGUACCACCGUGCCCAGGCGGCAAACACCAAGGAAGAAUUCCUCAAGUCCAAGGAAACCAGCAGCGCUGUUGCCGCAUGGGGGUCUUCUCUGUUCGGAAGUGCAAUCCAGACCUACGGCGUGGCUGCCUUGAUCAAUGCCACAGGAACCUUGAGCUACAAGGGAGCAGCCUAUCUCGGAUCUCUUAUCUUCUUUGCCAGUUCGGCUCCAAGCUUCGUUGCCCAAGUCUUUACCGAGAAGCGGCCCCUGGACACAGUCGCAAUUGGUGCUGUCAGCAGGGUAUUUGAAACCGUUGGCCUCAGCUUAUUCUUGACCUGGUGGGGAACACGCACGAACCCGUUUGACUAG